AUGGAGCUUCGCCAACGCAAUAUCGCGUCCGCGGUCUCCCACCGCGCUUCCGCGAAGCGCGUCGUCACCGCGAGCGCGACUCCGGCGCCGAUCGUGCAAGCAGGGGACGCUGCGGUCGCGCCGAAGGCGGAGUGGAAGGGCGCGAAGCUCAAACCCCUCGGGUACUCCGUGCUUGCCGGUCUCAUCAUCUGGUGCAUCCCCGCGCCUGUCGGGGUCACCGUUAAGGCCUGGCACCUCUUCGCCGUCUUCGUCGGCACCAUCGUUGGCAUCAUCACGAACCCUCUUCCACUCGGCGCUACCGCUAUGGUUGGCCUCGCCGUGAGCAUGGUCACGGGCCUUCUUCCCUUCGCCGCGGCUUUCUCCGCGUUCUCGUCCGAGAUCCCGUGGCUCAUCGCGAUUGCGUUUUUCCUCGCCAGAGGGUUCAUCAAAACAGGCCUCGGGAACAGGAUCGCGUACAUCAUCGUGUCCAUCUUCGGAAAGUCUACUCUCGGACUCACGUACUCGCUGGUGUUCUCCGAGGCGAUCCUCGCUCCCGCGAUUCCCUCUCUCGCCGCGCGCGCGGGUGGUAUCUUCCUUCCCCUGACGAAGGCGCUCUGUGUCGCGUGCGGCUCCGACCCGGAGAAGGGCACGGAGAAGAAGAUGGGCGCGUACGUCAUGACGACCGUGUUCCAAACCUCGACGGUCACCUCGGGUAUGUUCAUCACCGCGAUGGCUGCGAACCCGCUCUCCGUGAACCUCGCCGCCGCGACGAUCGGCCAGACGAUCACGUGGGGACAGUGGGCGCUCGCCGCGUCCAUCCCCGGCCUCGUCUGCCUCAUCGCCGUGCCCCUCAUCCUCUACGUGCUCUACCCUCCCGACGUGAAGGAUUCUCCGGAGGCGCCCGUCAAGGCUAAGGAGGAGCUCGCCAAGCUCGGCCCGAUGAGCUCUGACGAGAAGAUCAUGGCCGCCGCGCUCGUCGUCACCGUCGGGCUCUGGAUCUUCGGCGCUUCGAUCGGAGUCGGUUCCGUCGCCGCCGCGCUCGUCGGCCUCUCCACGCUCCUCAUCGCGGGCGUGAUCACCUGGAAGGAGUGCCUCGCAGAGGGUCCCGCCUGGGAUACCCUCACCUGGUUCGCUGCGCUCAUCGCGAUGGCGUCCUACCUGAACAAGUACGGUCUCAUCCCGUGGUUCUCGCAAACUGUCGUCAAGGGCGUCUCCGCUGCUGGCCUCGCGUGGCAGCCCGCGUUCCUCGUCGUCGUGCUCCUGUACUUCUACUCGCACUACGCGUUCGCGUCCGGCGCUGCGCACAUCGGCGCCAUGUACACCGCGUUCCUCUCCGUGCUCGUCGCGUGCGGUGCGCCGCCGCUCGUCUCUGCGCUCGUGCUUGGUAUUUUUUCGAAUAUUAUGGGCUGCACGACGCACUACGGCAUCGGUUCCGCGCCUCCUUUCUUCGGCGCGGGUUACGUGCCCCUCGCGACGUGGUGGAAGAUUGGUUUCGGCCUCUCUGUGUUCUACAUCACCACGUUCCUCGGCAUCGGUUCCGUUUGGUGGAAGGUCAUCGGCCUUUACUAA